CCGAAGCCCGGCGCGGGAGGCAGCGGGCGCGCCGGCCGGGCCGCAGGCAGAGGCGGCGGGGCGCGCCGCGGCCCCGGCCCAGCGCGCGCCCAUGACGGCGGCCGUGCUCCGGGAGGGCGUGCUGGAGAAGCGCAGCGGCGGGCUGCUGCAGCAGUGGAAGCGCAAGCGCUGCGUGCUCACCGAGCGCGGGCUGCAGCUCUUCGAGGCCAAGGGCGCGGGCGGCCGGCCCAAGGAGCUCAGCUUCGCCCGCAUCAAAGCCGUGGAGUGCGUGGAGAGCACCGGGCGCCACAUCUACUUCACGCUGGUGACCGAGGGCGGCGGCGAGAUCGACUUCCGCUGCCCGCCCGAGGACCCCGGCUGGAACGCGCAGAUCACCCUGGGCCUGGUCAAGUUCAAGAACCAGCAGGCCAUCCAGACCGUGCGCGCCCGGCAGAGCCUCGGGACCGGGACCCUCGUGUCCUAGACCGCAGGCUAACGGCUUCGCUUCCCGCGGCCGUGGACGCGGUGUCGUGGGGCGUGUCAGAUGCCGCUCCCUCCCGGGGGAACCGGGCGCAGGUUGAGGAAGGAUCUACUUGUCAUUUCUCCCGUGGAAACCUGUAUCCCCCCCGGCCCCACUCUACCACCACCCUCCUGACUCUCCCUGUCCUGCAGCUUCUCACCUCGCCAGCUUCCGUGCCCCCUUUGGCUCGUGGGGUGUGACUGUGCGCCGUUUGGUGAGGCAGAGGCCGUGGACACGUGGAGGAGGCGUUGGAGCGUAAGGGGCCGCCGGGGCCGGGGAGCAGGUCAAAGGCCCUGAGGGGCUGAGGGUGAAGAUCCAGCCCCCCGGUACUCAGACUCUCAGGACGUACCGGCUCAGGACCUUCCGGCCACCGGCCUGGCCUGGCCUCCGAGAUCGUGAUGGAGAGCUGGC